CUCACAGGUUGGGCAGAGGCCAGUGUCAGAAUAAAAAGGCUGAGUGGCAGAGCACCUCCAUUCAGUUCUCCUGAAGUGGCUACAGAUCCUGUGCUGCCUGUCAUCUUGCUCCAGAGUACUCACCAGCAGAGAUGUCCUGCCAGCAGAACCAGCAGCAGUGCCAACCCCCUCCCAAGUGCACCCCCAAGUGCCCUCCCAAGUGCCAGACCCCAAAGUGCCCCCCUAAAUGCCCUCCCAAGUGCCCCCCUGUGUCUUCCUGCUGUAGCCUGGGAUCAGGGGGUUGCUGUGGUUCCAGCUCUGGUGGCUGUUGCAGCUCUGGAGGCUGCUGCAGCUCUGGGGGUGGAGGCUGCUGCCUGAGCCACCACAGACCCCGCAGAUCUCUCCGUCGCCAUCGUCACAGCUCUGGAUGCUGUAGCAGUGGCAGCAGCAGUGGUGGCAGCAGUGGCUGCUGUGGCAGCAGUGGUGGCAGCAGUGGCUGCUGUGGCAGCAGUGGUGGCAGUGGUGGCUGCUGUGGCAGCAGUGGUGGCAGCAGUGGCUGCUGUGGUAGUAGUCAGCAGUCUGGGGGCUGCUGCUGAGCUGGGCCAUUGCACUUCAGACAAGAUAUGGAAAAGGAAGCUAUGUACAGAAGAAUUGUUCCUGCCUGCCACUCCUCCUUUCUAUUGUGCUUUGUAUUCUGGACUCUUGGUCAUCCUCUACUAAGUUGUGACUUUCACCUAAAAUGACCAAGCUGCAAUAAUAAAAUCUCUCCUUUCAAAUAAGA